AUGUUGAAACGGGAAGCCUCCUGCCACUCCCUACCCCCCCAACCGCCCCUACCACCCCUGGCGCUCCCUGGCGACCUCUGCCGCCCCCUGCCGCCUCCUGGUGAACCUUGCCGCCCCUGGAGCUCCCUGGCGCCUCCUGCUACCCCUGCUAACCCUGCCGCCCCCUACAUCCCCUUACAUACCCCUGCCGCCCCCUGCCGCCUCCUGGUGAACCUUGCCGCCCCUGGAGCUCCCUGGCGCCCCCUGCUACCCCUGCCGCCCCCUCUACCCCUUACAUACCCCUGCCGCCCCCUGCCGCCUCCUGGUGAACCUUGCCGCCCCUGGAGCUCCCUGGUGCCUCCUGCUACCCCUGCUACCCCUGCCGCCCCCUCUACCCCUUACAUACCCCUGCCGCCCCCUGCCGCCUCCUGCCGCCUCCUGGUGAACCUUGCCGCCCCUGGAGCUCCCUGGUGCCUCCUGCUACCCCUGCUACCCCUGCCGCCCCCUACAACCCCUUACAUACCCCUGCCGCCCCCUGCCACCCCUGGGGACUUGCCGCCCCUGGCGCCCCCUGGCGACUCCAAACGACCCCUGCCGACCCCUGCUGCCCCGUGCUACACCCUGGUGCCCCCUGCCGCACAAGGAUCGAGCAGACGCGCGCCUCCGAGGAUCGAAGCCCGCCCGGCCGGCUGGCGGGAGCACAGCGGCCGGGCGCAUGCGCGCGACCAACCCCUCGCGCAGGGGGCUGCGCCGGGGCUCCUGCGGGGGGCGAGAGACAAGAGAGAGAGAGAGAGAGAGGGGAGAGAGAGGGGAAAGCGUCGAUCUCGCCGGGACGCCCCCUUCAGUUGCGCGUCGCGAGACGGGACGUCGCUGACGCCGGCCGCCGCCGCCGCCGCGUUCGAAACGUUAAUCGCCGCGAUCGCGAAACCAAGUAGAGAUAUCACGUCGAUUCCGGUACACUUCACCCGAACCACGACAUCGAGUGUUCCAGUGGCGGCGGACUUCACGGAUUUUGAAACACGGACGUGGUUGGGAUGUCUGCGGCUGUCGACGGGUAGCUAG